CAGUUGCUGCUGUCACUUCCUUCCUUCGCUGUAGUCGAGAGUGAGUGAGUGAGUGAGUGAAUGAGUGGAGGGGAACAGCCACACGCGUCGCCGACCUGUUUUUAGUCAUAACGUCUAGUGUUUUAGUUGCAUGAAUGUAACACUUGGCAUUAUUUCAUUUGUGAAUGGGUCAACGACUAAUGUGGCAAGCUAAUGCCAAGGCUGAGUUGCCCGAGAGCUAGCUAAGUUAGCUAACACAGUGUUGUUCUCGAUGCUACUGCGCUACAAUUGACAAGUUAGCUUCUUUGUUUUGAGUCAUUCCCUUUUGACAUGGCACACAGGAAAGAAGUAUUCCAAUCCAAGGUACUCCAGAAGCUUUACCCUGCUGCCCCAAAGUUGGAGAAGGAACCCUCCUCACCAUCCAUACGAGUGGAUGCUUUCCUAAAGAAAAAACAUGUGAAAAGAAAAACAUCUCAUCAGGAUAUUCCUCACAGUAAUCCAGUAAUGACACCAAGCGCAGGCAUUCAAACCAGGCGAAUGUACACAGUUCUACCUCCUCCUGAAGACUAUGGGGCUGAUUCAGUGAAAUCUGUCACACAACCCGAGCUUGAGAGCAUAAAUAACGUGGAGGGUCCAUCUGAACACGCCGUACAGGAGUGCAGUGAAGACCUGGACCAAGAGGUAGUAGCAACUGGACAGAAAAGAAGAAGGAAAAAGAGACUGAAACUUAGUGGUGAGAAAGAUGGAACAGCUCCAACUUUAGAGUCUAGUACUCUUCAGAAUGGGACACCAAUGAAUGAGGAAGGAGUGCGCAUUAGCCGUAACAAGAAGAGGAAACUGAAGAAGAAACGGCACAAAGAGAAGAUGCUCUCGAUGGGUUUGAUACCUCGGGCUUCUGCAUUGGAAUUCACAUAUCAAAGAGAAAACAAUGAGGAAGAGGAGGAAGAAGAUGGGAUUAGAGCUGCUGAGGUGGCAAAUUUCCUCUGGACCACAAUGGAAAUCUAUAAAUCAGAUUCUUUACUGCAUGCAGAGAAGCUUCCUCACCUGUCUGGUGUGUUGGAGAAUCUUUUGAGUAGUAUCAACAGUGGAAGCAGGCCUGCCUCUCUCUUGGACCAUCUCUACACUCUCCAGCUAUAUAUUCAACACAAGAAAAAAGACACACUGGAAAAGGCACUGCAGGACCUCUGUAACAACACCCUGAUGGCAGCAGAGGAAACCACUGCAGUUACAACAUUGUUCCAAUACUGGAUAACAGACAUUCUUCCCAUGAAGGGCGGCAAGGAGACUAAACUCUCUGAGACUUAGUCAUUCAGCAACACUGUACUCAGGCCUACCACAAUGUGUGUGUGGUGCCUCCACCCGAGAAGACCAUGCCUGGCAUGGCCAUGCUUCUAGGGGCCGUGGGGAUCGGGAUGUGCGGGUACAGCUCCAGGCAGUUGGCUCUCUACCACCGACCUUCCAGUCGUGUGCUGCAAAGAGUUGGCUCGCACACCGAUGCCAGCAUGGCGGGCACAGCGGCACUCAGGGCCCCCUACCUGGAUGCUACCCGCAGGGCUGGAGCGUGCCAGGAAAUCCCACCUCCCUUCUUUGUGGGCCAGAAGUUCGUUUAAAAUAUGAGCGUUGGUUGGGCAAAGAUUGGCCACCAUAGGUUGAUUCUCAGUAACCACACUGUUGCAUGUUAAAGAUUGUAGCUAUGCUGGCCCAUUGAGUCAAUGAGGCCCAUGUGCUCUCUGUUAACAUGCUAGUGGAGGUAUCUGAAUGUUUCAACCUGUGUUGGCAGGAUGUUGGAUGUGACAUUAGUUCUCUGGAGUCGUAAAAUUGAUGUCUUAAUCUCUAACAGCAUUGCAAUAGUCAGUUACUGUGUGAGCACUAGCAGUAUAAAUAAACUGAUAUCAGAACUUCCCUCACAGAACUACUGAAUGUAGCCUGUAUGUUUCAUUUAGAGUCCUUAUGUCUGUUUUGGAUGGUACAAUAAAGGAAUGACGCUUGGCAGUGAUCCUUCAUACACAGAUGGUAUGCAAAAACCUUCUCAGUGGCCUCACCUGCCCAACGAGAGGUGAAAGUAUUAAACAGCCUGUCCCAUGAUACCUCUGAGGAGAACAGGUGUGCAUCUUUGAGCAGAACCUCUUACCAAAACAAUCGAUUAAGGACAAUGUGGAUGUGGGAGGUUGGCUUUGUGACUCAAUUAAUAGCCCUCUAAGAAUGGGCUACUAAUUUAGUCACAAAGCUUGGUCAGGAUGAUGACGUUCAGCAGUAAGUAGCAGUGCACUGUUGUUUACGGCAGAUUAUAUGAUGGUAGCACGCAUGGUGGAUAGUUGUUUCUUAAACUUGCAAUCUCUGUAACCCAUGCAGUUGGAAAACCGCACCCUUAACUAAUCUGGUUUAGCGUGUCUCUCUUCUUACUCAUCAUAGAUGGGCAGUCCCUGUGCCCCCAAAUUGUACCUUUCUCCCUGCAGUGUCCACCAUUUGUCUCUCUGCCAUGCAUUGGUGUGGACAAUGCAGCAUUGGUGUCUGUGUUCAAAUUGGCGAGGCAUUGAGCGUGGUUGAGAAUGUGUGCUGUGCCUUAGGGAGAGCACAGGGUCUAACUGUCAAACUGUUAGAAAUAAACUUUCUUUAUAUGAGCAGAAGCCAUUCCUUGCUGACAUGCAAGUCUUUCCUGUCGAACUUAUUUGUGACAGGUUGGGAGUUAAUGUAGAAAGACAGUUGCCUUGCUCCUGAACUCUAUUCACACUAGGGGAUUCCAAAGAUGGUAGUAACCAACAACAGGUUCAACUGAGGGGAAUCCCUACAUGUCCUAAUAAACCCUACUCUGACUGGACACAACCACUUUCAUGUUUGGGCAAUGAUCUUUCAGGAGUAUGUAAUCAAUAUUGGGUGGGUUGUAGGUUUUUUUUUUCCUGCACUGCAGUGUUGCACAUUGAGCACAGAGCUUAAAGACCCAUCGAUCUCAAUCAUUAAAGUUGGGGAGGAGGAGGAGAAUUGGAUGACACCUCUAUGCAGCGGGGAGGAGGAGAAGGAGAGUUAGGUGACACCUCUAUCCAGUUAACACUGUUUCACCUGCCACUCCUCUGUUUAUGAGUGAUUACUGCCAAAGAUGUGCACUGAAAGAAAGGAAUGUAUGCAGAAUUCCCCCCCCCCCCCCCUAUUUUAUCUGUUACAUUAUGUUAACUCCAUGGAUUGUAUGUGUAUGAUAUGUGAUAUCUGUUCCCUUUAGAUGCCAGUUUUGCUCCAUUAGUGAUACGUUAGAUGGAAUGAAAACAAUUCAUAUAAAAUAAAAAGUAGUUCAGCAAA